UCUCGUCUCCACACGAUUUUCCUUAUCAACUUCCCUCGCUUCCUUUUCCACACGUUUUUCUCUCCUCUCUCUUCUCUGCAACUCUCGCCAUGAAAAGCAACCUUUCCAUUUCUCAUUCGAUCCAAUCCUCCCUCUCUCAUCGCCAAAUCCACGAGGUUUGCACUCAAACACUGAAAUUUACGACAACCCAAAUGAGAAUGCUAAUUCCAGAUGGACCAUCUUCAAGCACCAAAAUGAAUGGACGCUACGUGCUAAUGGGGCACACGUGUGUGCGAUCCGGGACGUUCGUUUCAACACAUCCCAUCCAAGAAAUUAGGAUGGCCCACUCAUCAGGUUGCAUUUGGAAAAGACAGUUUAAUAUGGCAUCUGUUGCAAGUUCAUCCUGUUUCUCUCUUGAUGAAAGUAUCGUUGGAUGUCUUGAACCACUCCCUACAAUCAGCAAAAGGAUGCUCAGAAGUGCCGUCCAAUGCCAUCGUAAUCUGGUCAAGGUGUCAUUGUGGUCCAAUCACAGUCUCUCAAGGAUGACCCCUUCGACAAGAACUUGUAGAAAGCGUUCUCAAUCGGACUGUAGAGCAUCAUGUCUCAUCUCAGGCGGGAGACGGAAGAUUGUUGCAGCGAGGAGUGUUGAUGUUGGCAUCAGCAAUUCUGAGGUUUUUGUAUUUCCACAGGUUGAGGUGGAAGCAGGAUUUUCAACAUCGACCUUAUCGAAUGUUGCAAGGCAUUGGAGGCAGUUGCAGGUUAUGGCAGCAGCUGGCUUAGUAGCAUGCACAAUUUGGGCCGUCCCAUCAGCGGAUGCAGUUGAUGCGCUCAAGACAUGUACCUGUCUAUUGAAGGAAUGCAAGGUGGAACUGGCCAAGUGCAUCUCCAAUCCCUCUUGUGCAGCCAACAUUGCAUGUCUGCAGACGUGUAACAACCGACCCGACGAGACCGAAUGUCAGAUUAAAUGCGGGGAUCUGUUUGAGAACAGCGUUGUUGAUGAAUUCAACGAGUGUGCCGUCUCUCGAAAGAAAUGCGUUCCUCAGAAGUCGGACGUUGGAGACUUCCCAAUCCCGGAUCCAUCAGCACUCGUUAAGAGCUUUAACAUUGCAGAUUUCGCAGGGAAGUGGUAUAUAACGAGAGGCUUGAAUCCAACAUUUGAUGCCUUUGAUUGUCAGUUGCAUGAGUUUCAUGUGGAGUCCGGCAAACUAGUGGGGAAUCUAACAUGGAGGGUGCGGACUCCUGAUACCGGAUUCUUCACUCGAUCGGCGAUGCAGAAAUUUGCUCAGGAUCCAAUGCAGCCUGGGAUUCUCUACAAUCAUGACAAUGAGUAUCUCCACUAUCAAGAUGACUGGUAUAUUCUGUCAUCGAAGAUAGAGAACAAGGCCGAUGAUUACGUAUUCGUAUACUACCGUGGAAGGAAUGAUGCAUGGGAUGGGUAUGGCGGCUCCGUCUUGUACACAAGAAGUGCAGUCUUGCCUGAGAGCAUAGUUCCUGAGCUAGAGAAGGCAGCAAAGAGCGUUGGCCGAGACUUCAGCGAGUUCAUCAAGACAGACAACACUUGCGGGCCCGAACCUCCCCUUGUAGAAAGGCUGGAGAAGACAGUGGAGGAAGGAGAGCGGACUAUCAUAAGAGAGGUCGAACAGAUCGAAGAGGAGGUCAAGGAGGUGGGGAAGACUGAGGCGACAUUGAUCCAGCGGCUGGCGGAUGGGUUUAAGGAACUUCUGAUGGAUAGAGACAAUUUCUUGAGAGAAUUGAGUGAGGAAGAAAUGAAGGUUUUGAAGGGACUGAAAAUGGAGGCGGCCGAAGUGGAGAAGGUGUUUGGGCAGGCGCUGCCAAUAAGAAAGUUAAGAUAGCUAGAUUAAGAUGUUCUUUGGAUUGACUCCAUUGUAAGAAUCUUCUUGUUGCACUGAACAUUGUGUUAGGAAAGGCUUUUUGGCCUGAAAUCUGUGCUUUAUGCAUGUUCAUGUACUGGUACUUGGCUUCCACCAUGACAAACUCCAUUUGAAUUUCCUCAGGAUGGAGGAUUUCUACUUGGGGGUCUUCUCACAGGUCUCUUUGAGAAAUAAGUGGUUGUUGCUAUUGUAUAUGUGCCAUUAAUUGCAUGGGGAAACCUGCAAUGUGUGGCCGUGUUUGAAUAAAAAACAGCAAUUUUAUUUA